AUGGUCGAUGGAAAGAAACGCCAAUUUUGUAGUGGUUAUUAUGGCUUUGAUUGCCUAUCAGCUAUCGACUUGAAAUUGGAUUCCAAUUUCAAGGAAAAAAUGUUGGAUUCGUUAGACUUGAUAUUAAUCGCCGAGUUUCAUAAAUCGACUCCAUUUAUUUUUAAUUCUACUAUCGCAGGCCAAUGUAGCUCUCGCCGGAAUUAUUUAUCGACCGACGUUAUUAUUGCUAGGUUAGAUGUUCAAUACUGUGUAACUCAAAGAAAGAGAAUUAUUAAUGACGACAUAUUCAAUCGCCAUCUUGUAACUUUCCAGCAAGUCUCAUCUGGAAAGGAAGUUGAGAAUGUCGAGUUAGAUAUUUAUUUAUUAAAUGGCCACAAAGUUGUCAUCAAUAUUUCAUCAGAUAGCUUUACAGACGAUGCCUUAGAGGCAGUGGCAUCACAAUUGGAACUUCCGGCAGAACUGGCCUACUAUUUCGGACUUUAUAUUGUCCAGAAAAAAGAGAACACAACAACCAUUGUUCGCAAGUUACAAAAUUUUGAAUCUCCCUAUCUUUCUAUCGCCAACGAUGAUUCUAAUUUACACAUUGUCAUACGAAAAUGCUAUUGGUCUACGAAAUAUGACGAUCUUUUAAUGGAAACCGAGAUUGGCUUGAAUCUGCUCCAUUUGCAAAUUGUUGAUGAAGUUAAGCGAGGUUGGAUAUCCGCAUCGCAAAAUACUAAAGCAAAGUUAGCAGAAUUAAUAGAGAAAAAAGAAAAGAAGGAGUAUAUUCAACUAGCAAAACGGCAAUAUAACUAUGGCUAUAUCGUCUUUGAAAUGUGCACAUGUGAUUAUCCUAAAGAAAAUACAAAAGUCUUAGUUUCCAUUGGGGAUAUGGCACUUAAUAUUAAAGUAUUUCUAGAAGAAGGGAAGGUUAAAGCUGGCUCAUUUAAGUUAACACGGAUGAAAUGCUGGAAAACUGUGGCUAAGCGUGAGGAAAAUAGCGACGAAUAUUUAUUCAUAUUAUCAUUCGAAUAUCUUAUGAGUAAAGAAAAAUUGCAAUGGAUAUCGAUUGCUUCUUCGCAGGCCAUAUUUAUGAGCAUGUGCCUUAAAGAUAUGGCACAAGAACACGUUCGAGGUAGACGAAAUCAAUCAACCCGAACACCAGCUGGCCGCCGCAGAACCAUAACAGAAUCUUCUAUUUCAUCAGGAUCUGUAGAGACAAUAGCAAGUGCCUCACAACGUUCCACUAAUGCAGCAUUUUCUGACUCGAUUGAGUCUUCCGGUAAUUUUGUCUUGCGAUCAGGAAAUGCAAUGAAAAAGUUCUCAAGUAAGUUUCAAGGAAUGUUACAACGCAAUACCAACAAGAAUGAAGAAGUUGUUCAAAACGAAAUUUUUGAAGAUGUUAAUGUAAUCGGAGAUGAUGAUUUAUAA